AUGCCGCGUGCCGCGUAUUCACCGCCAGGCCAUCCACACCCUCAAGGCCGCUCCCCACCGCGAAGGCGUCUGGAAUGGGCCGCUGAUGGCCAGAGUCCUAGAAGAAGUGUGGAAGGGGAGGAGGGCGAUUUUUAUGCGGGAGACCCGUUCAUCGACGAGCCAUUUGGCAUGAGUCCACUCACAGAAAGGGAUCUCUCCAUGCCCAAAGUGCCGAUAUCACAACGUAUCUACGACGUGGCUGUCCCCGGGAGGAGGACGGCCACAGGCGAUGUCUCGAUCACCUACAGGAAGGGGGAUGCCAAUGGGAAGUGGAUCAACUUCAAACGAAAAGCCGGCUCAUAG